GAAGGGGAGAGAGAAAGAGAAGGAAUCAUUGUCAUUGAGAGAUAAGCGUCUCAGUUUUGUUUGAGAACUAGAGUGAAGAAGGAGUUGCAAACGUUUUAGCCUCGAAGCUGGAAGGGAGGAGAGGAUCUCACACACGUUUCUUUUUUCUUUUUUUUUCCAACUUUUUUGUGUGCUUGGAGCUGUACCCUCUGUCUUUGUGGGAGGUACGGGCAGGAGCAAUGCAAAGUGAGAAAAGUCGGAGGCAGGGGUAGAGGAGUAUAAGCGGAGGAAGAGGGGGAAUGAGGGGAAAAAGCAGCCCAUUCUGAAGGAAAGCCAUGCAAGUGGAUGCUGUCUUUUGCAGGAUCAGGUUUCACAAAAUGAGAAACUUCACUAAGAGCACUUCAUCGGAGCUCACCCAGCUCAGAAACGAUGCCAGCUGCUAGCACCAUGACCGGUGGGAGGGCCCUGCUGCUCUGUACAAACGCUGACAACUGUAUCUAUCAAUCAGUCAACGGGCUCCAGUGCUGCGGCUUGAAGGUCGGGGAGGCUCCCUCAUCUGUGGUGCCCCAGCCUCAAGAGGUGUGUGGGUCACCAGGUAACAGAGACAGGAGGGGCACUGCUGUGAACGUCAAGUAUCCCCUAUCCUCUCUGCUCAGCCUGAGUGAUAGCCCAGGUCCUCCUGACACCAUGCUGGCUCACAGAAGACCCAUGACGACCAGUGACCCACAGACUGCCAACACGGAAAACGGGCUAAACCACAACAAGAGCUCAACAGCAGCCAAAAGUGCCAGCAUUCGUGACAAGAUAUCACAGUGGGAGGGCAAAAAGGAGCCUACCCCUGUGAGUUCUCCAGGGACAUGUCUUCUUAGUGCAACGGAGAGUGAGACAGUGAGGAAAAAGGAAUCAAAAAUUUCUGAGGUUCAAAGGACAGACAGCAAGAGGUUUGUCAGCUGGGACAGACAAGACUCAGGGAAAGAGAAUGCUGUAAAACUGGGAGAUUUGAGGCUUAAACCUUCAGAAGGUCCAACAAGUGUGAAGAGAGAAGUUAUGCUAGAGAGGGGCUGUCGUGUUUCCAAGGCAACAGAACAAGCCCAAGACAAGAAAUCUGUUUUGACUCAUGUUAAGAAACUGGAGAAGGCAACAAAAGAAGUUCCUGAUAGACCCUCACUUGCAUAUCCAGGGAAUUACUUUUGUCCUCCUUCAAAGGAGGAGCUGGAGGAAACAGAGAGGAAGGCCAACGAGCCCAUUUUUGGGACAUUUGACAUGACUCGACCAGGUGGAUCCCGGAGGAGAAAGGAGGGGAAUCCAGAGAAUGUGUACAGUGAGCCAGGUGCUCCAUCUAUAAACCCUCUACCUAAACCUCAAAGAACCUUCCAACAUCACACACCACCCACAAUAGCAGCUUCAGGGCCAUGUUUUGGGAAAGGAAAGAGGAACUUGCCUCCUUUGCCUUCUAUUCCUCCUCCACCUUUACCCACAUGCCCACCUCCAGGAGUUUGCAGGAGACCAUGGGCUGACAAAGCCCGGGACAGUAAUAACAGGAAGUCCUUUGAAUUUGAAGAUUUGCUUCAGUCUUCAACAGAAAGCUGCCGGGUAGACUGGUAUGCUCAAUCCAGACUGGGCCUCACAUGCACUUUAUCAGAAGAGAACGUCUAUGAGGACAUAAUAGAUCCACCAUCCAACGAGAACCCUUAUGAAGACAUAGAGCUGGAGCAAAGUUGUUUGGGAAGCAAAUGUGUUUCACCUGCCUCCUCGUCUCCUGUUCCUGACACGCCAACUAAGUUAUCCUCAAAGCCCGGCUUCUUUAGGCAAAACUCAGAACGGCGAAGCUUCAAAGUCCCAGAGCUUCGCAAGACCGGCAGAGACACUGGUAUCUCCUCCCCUUCCCGUAUCAGUCCUCCUUCAACACCUAGCAGCCCAGACGACACCCCCUGCCUCUCUGGAGACCCUUACAAUCGCAGACGGAAGAAAAUUCCCAAGAUGGUGCUGAAAAUCAAUGGCAUCUUUGAGGCUCGCAGAGGCAAGAAACGCAUGAAGAAGGUAUCUCAGUCUACUGAGUCCAGCUCAGGGAGAGUGACAGAUGAGAACAGUGAGUCAGAAAGUGACACAGAGGAAAAACUGAAAGCUCAUAGCCAGAGGCUUGUGUCAGUCCAGUCCAUGCUGAGGCAAACAGGGCGGUACCGGACCUUGGAGAGGGACUUGAUGGAGUUACAAGAGAGGAAACUCUUUGAGUAUUUUAUUGUUGUUGCACUUCACAAGACCAAGGCUGGUGUUCCUUACCUGCCAGAAGUCACACAGCAGUUUCCUCUGAAGCUUGAGAGGAGUUUUAAGUUCAUGAGGGAGACUGAGGACCAGCUAAAGGUUAUCCCUCAGUUCUGUUUUCCUGAUGCCAAAGACUGGGCUCCUGUUGAUAACUUCCCCAGUGAGACAUUCUCAUUUGUGCUGACUGGUGAAGACGGAAGCAGACGGUUUGGCUACUGUCGCCGUUUACUGCCCAGCGGUAAAGGCCGAAGGCUCCCUGAGGUCUACUGUAUCGUCAGCCGCCUGGGGUGCUUUGACCUCUUCUCCAAAAUUCUGGAUGAGGUGGAAAAGAGGAGGGCUAUCUCUCCUGCUCUGGUGCAGCCUUUUAUGAGAGGUAUUAUGGAGGCUCCCUUCCCUGCUCCAGGACGGACUAUCACUGUCAAAAACUUUCUACCUGGCUCUGGGACAGAGGUGAUAGAACUGUGUCGACCUUCAGAUUCCCGUCUGGAACAUGUAGACUUCGAAUGUCUCUUCUCUUCGUUGAAUCUCCGUCUCCUUCUCAGAGUUUUUGCCUCUCUGCUGCUGGAGCGCAGGGUCAUCUUUACAGCCGACAAACUGAGCACAUUGUCUCAGUGUUGUCACGCAGUUGUGGCUCUACUGUAUCCCUUCACCUGGCAACACACAUACAUCCCCGUGCUGCCGCCAUCUAUGUUGGAUAUAGUCUGCACCCCAACUCCCUUUAUAGUGGGCCUCCUUUCCAGCUCUCUACCUCGACUCAAAGAGCUGCCCAUCGAAGAAGUCCUGGUGGUUGACCUUGGAAACAGCCGCUUUCUACGUCAGUUGGAUGAUGAAGAGUCCAUUCUUCCUCACAAGCUGCAGGCGGCUCUGGAGCACGUGUUGGACAAGAGGAGGGAGCUGGCCUGUGAUAAAGGAGAUCUGCCUGAUGACUCCAGCUCUCUCAGUACUGUAGUCUCAGAAGCCUUUGUGCGUUUCUUCGUGGAGAUGGUGGGCCACUACUCCCUCUUCAUAGGUGGAGCUGAGCGGGAGGACGAGUCUGCCUCUUCCACUAUCUUGCCCAGCCCCUCUUCUUCUGCUCCCUCAUCCUUUCAGCGGGAGGCCUUUCGCAAAGCGGUCACCUCCAAAAGCCUGAGAAGGUUUCUGGAGGUUUUCAUGGAGACCCAGAUGUUUACCGGCUUCAUCCAGGAGAGGGAGCUGCGCAGGCAGGGCCUCAGGGGUCUUUUUGAGGUGAGAGCACAAGAGUAUCUGGACUCGCUACCGGGGAGUGAGCAAAGGGGGGUUAACAAGUUCCUCAAGGGUCUAGGAAACAAGAUGAAAUUCCUUUCCAAGAAAUGAGACUUGGAGUUAAAUGUUUAUCAGUGAAAGCAGGACAAAGAGGACACGCUCCAUGCAUGUGGAGGCCAUGCAGAUGGAGAGGUGCCUCUAAGCCAGAACAAAGGAAAGACCCCUGACCUGAACUGGAUUCACAGCUGGUGAACAAGUGGGAAUCUAGGGAACGUUAGGGGUUUAUCUCAGCUUUACUAGCCAGUCAUUCUGUUAGGGUUGUGAAGACCGAUCCAGUCUUACAGUCUGCAGUAAAUGUUUUACAGAUUACUUUGUCCCUACAGUGUAUCACUGUAUAGCACAUCACAGUGUAAAUGUUUUGGCAACAGUGUUCUCGGUCACUAAUGUCACCUGUAAGCCUGUGAGAAGGAGUACCACUGAAGAUCCAAUGUUGUAUAAAACUUUCCUUUACAUUCCAAGUAUUUUCUCUAGAGGUUUUUAUAAAUACUAUAGUACAACUUCUUCAUCAGCAGGAGGCUUUUAAGUUAAUUUAUAUUACUUUUAAAACAAAUUUAAUCUCUCCUUUUCAUUCAAAUGAGUGCAAAAGAAUUUCCUAUAGUUGAUAAUACACUUUAUUUAACAGAGUUUAGUCCAGAGUGUUUGUAGACCACUGUGAGUUAUUGGGUAUGUGUACCACUGUUUUAAGUAAAUGUACUUAAAUUGGAAAAGGAAUGUGCACCAAGGCUGAGGAACAUUUCUCUAACUUGGGUUUCAGUAGAGGUUGUGGGGCUAGAAGUGAAGAAUGAUGUGGAUCUUAGACCAAUCAGAAUCAUUUUGUUGUAUAAAAACAACUAGGGUUGCCUUAAACAUGAUUAAAAAUGCAAUGAAACUUCAUAAAUAAAGUGAUUUGAAUUAGAAAA